CCCAGUAACAUUCAACUGUGGAUUCUGCAUGAGCUGCUUCAGUUAAUCUAGGGGGAAAACUGAUUUUUGUUUAGGAGAAGGAAGAAAUUGGAAUGGCGAGUGAUUGGAGGAAAUCGGUGGGUAAUGUUAGAUCCUUCGUCGGAAACUUAACCGGAGGUUUAAGGGGUGGAAGCAAUUUGGCAUCUUGGGUUGUCGCCGGUACUUUAGCUUACUUUCUAUGGGUCAAGCCAUCUCAGGAACUCAAGAGGCAGCAAGAGGAAAAGGCCGCUUUGGCGGCUGCAUCAGAUGCUUAUCGCUAUGUUGAGAAGCGAAAACCCGUUCCUGAUCCGCAGGAAACUGGAUUGAUAUACGGUAACAAGAACAAAGCUAAAAGAGCUGAAGAAUAGAGCUUCGCGAGAAUUCCAUGCCGUUCUGUAAGUUUAAUGAAUGCUCAGGGAAUUGUCUGCUCAUUGGCGUAUAGGGACCUUAUAUACUUAUACUUCUGAACUCAUUUUCUUUAUAGGGCCAAAUAAUUAUCUAUACCUAGAAAAGGAAAUCAUGUAAGCUUUAAGUUUUUGUGGAUAUAAUGUAGCAUGUUUUUUGUUUUCAAGGUGAGGUUCUUGAAUAGCAUUUACUGGUUUAUCAGCAUGAUGUUUUAUUUCCUUUUAUCUUUGCUCUACAUGAACAUUUUUGUUAAUUGUUCAAAGUUUCUAUGUAUUGGUUCGACUAGCUUCUAUUCUUAUGUUAAUUACUCCAUAAGGAUUUUGUAUUAACAGUCAUCAAAUUUCAAGAAUCUUUCUCUUUUG